CUCCCUUCUUCCUUUUAGAUGAUGUAGUAAUUCUGCUAAUAUUGAGAGCAUCUGUGGUUGUGAUGGCCGCAGAGGACCAUCCUCCCCUCCUGCAGCUUGGACUCCGGGUGGACUCCAGUCGAGUCGGCAGUCAUGUCCUCUCUCCGAUCCUCAGCACCUCCUCUGCUAGUCUUUCCCUUGAAACCAAGCAGCCCAUCUGCAUCCCCUCAACAUGCACAGACCUCAGCCACGACUUCACCACCAUACCUUCCUACAGCCCAGCUAACUUCAGCUAUGCUGGUCCCAGUAUCCCAGACUGUCCCUCUGUCCAUCAGUCACUAAGCACCUCUUUGUUUGGGCCCAGCCACGGUCACGUGGGGCCGCCUAUACCUCUGCACCGCUCGCAGGCUCGACCUCAGCACAGCCAACCCAUCCAGAGUCCAUCGGACGGUGUCUUAACAGCAAGAAAUAAUGACUGGAGCAUAUCUGUUAGUAAGAGUGUGAGGAAGCGUUCUCAAGUGAGCGAGGAGGGCAUGGCGUCAUCAGGCGGGAAGGCCGACCUCCCCUACUGUGCUGUGUGUGAUGACUAUGCUUCAGGGUACCACUAUGGAGUCUGGUCCUGUGAGGGCUGUAAGGCGUUCUUCAAGAGGAACAUCCAUGGACACAGUGACUACCUCUGCCCAGCAACCAACCAGUGCACUAUAGACAAGAGCCGCCGCAAGAACUGCCAGGCGUGUCGCCUUCGCAAAUGCUAUGAAGUUGGGAUGACCAAAUGUGGUAAUCGAAAGGAUCGUGGAAAUUACAGGAACCCACAGACAAGGCAAGUGCCCCAUCUGUCCUUGCAGGGCCGAGCCAACGGCCCAAAGGGGUCAACAGACCCAGCAGAGGGGUCAUUAAAGGAGACACAACCACCUACACUGACCUCAGAGCAGCUGAUCAAGCGAAUAAUGGAAGCAGAGCCACCAGAGAUCUACCUCAUGAAGGACAUGAAGAGGCCGCUGACUGAAGCCAACGUCAUGAUGUCGCUCACUGACCUGGCUCAUAAGGAGCUGGUCAGAUGGGCCAAGAAGAUUCCAGGGUUUGUUGAGCUCAGUAUCUGUAACCAGAUACACUUGUUGGAUUGCUGCUGGCUGGAGGUGCUAAUGAUUGGACUGAUGUGGAGGUCAGUGGACCAUCCAGGGAAACUCAUCUUCUCUCCUGACCUCAGCCUGACCAGAGAAGAGGGAAGCUGUGUCCAGGGAUUUGUGGAGAUGUUUGAUACGCUGAUUGCUGUCACCUCCAGGGUGAGAGAGCUCAAGCUGCAGAGGGAGGAGUUUGUCUGUGUCAAGGCUAUUAUCCUCUUUAAUUCCUACAUGUGCCUUAGCUCCUCAGAGGGCAGUGAGGACAUUCAGAGUCGUUCUGAACUGCUGCGUCACCUGGACGCAAUAAUACACGCUCUGGUGUGGGCCAUUCCCAAAACCGCCCUCACUUUCCACCAACAGUACACCCGCCUCGCCCACCUGCUCAUGCUGCUCUCACAUAUCCGCCAUGCCAGUAACCAAUACAUGGACCACCUUCAAUGCAUGAAAAUGAAGAACACGAUGCCUUUGAAUGGCCUCCUGUUGGAGAUGUUGGACGCCCACAUCAUGCACAGCUCCAGGGUCAGGCCCUCAAAUACCUGGACUCCCAGCAGUGCUGGAGCUGGAGGUGCACCCCAGUAGUCACAUUAGAAUUCAAAUGCAACGAAAUUUCACUGCUUUGCAAAAAAACUAGUUCAGAGGACUUAUGAGGUGCCUAACAGGAACAAUCUGCAAAGAUUGUGAGCUGGAUUUUCUGAUAGAUCACUGCUGAAUCUUUGACACACUGUUUCAGGUGAAUUUUCCAAAUCUUUAAAGUUAAAGGUGUAGAUGAUAGCCCAAACCUGCAGGAUCUGUUGCCUUGCCUCCAUAUAUAAAAAUGCCAGAGUGGAACAAGAGCUGUUUUCAGACAGGUCAUCUGAUGACCAAUGGGAUCAGUGUUUGCUUAACCACACAUGCAAUGCAUUACUGCCAGCCUUAAGUUGGUGUGGUUUUCAGUAUAUGGCAUCCAUUGCUUUCACUGAACCACAGAUGUUAUUGAUAAGAAGGCCAGAGCAGGACAGUAACCUUCACAGGGAGUAAAUAAUGACAGCAAAGUGUUUUAUUGCCUCACCAGACUCCAUAUGUUCACCCCUUGCUGGUACAAUCACGGAGGUGUAACAAACAGCU